AUGUCGUGCGGCGUAGUGAAGUCCUGUCUGCUGAGCCUUUCUCGGAGGAAGCCCCUGGAGCCAGAAGGGGAGCAGUCCACGUUUAACCGAUGCCUGACCACUCUGGACCUGGUGGCCCUCGGUGUGGGCAGCACCCUGGGGGCCGGGGUCUACGUCCUGUCUGGAGAGGUGGCCAGAGACACAGCUGGACCCAGCAUCAUCCUCUCCUUCUUCAUCGCCGCCCUGGCUUCCAUUUUUGCCGGGCUGUGCUAUGCAGAGUUUGGGUCCCGGGUUCCUAAAACCGGCUCAGCGUACCUUUACAGCUAUGUGACUGUUGGAGAGCUGCUGGCCUUUAUCACGGGGUGGAAUCUGCUGCUCUCAUACGUCAUAGGGACAUCCAGUGUUGCACUGGCAUGGAGCGGGACAUUUGAUGACCUCAUAGGGGGCCACAUAUCAAAAUACUUUGAAGUACAUGCACACAUGGGCCUCCCUGGCCUGGCACCUUACCCAGAUGUCUUUGCUGCGGGUCUCAUCAUGAUACUGUCAGGUCUGCUGGCAUUUGGAGUGAAAGAGUCCACAACUAUCAAUAAGAUCUUCACAGCAAUCAACAUCCUGGUGCUGCUGUUUGUGGCCAUCUCUGGAUUCAUCAUGGGGGACCUCUCCAAUUGGAACAUCAGCGAAGAGUCUCUGAUAAAUGCAACAGCAGAAUACAAAAACCUGACCUCUACUGUCAAUGUGACCAGUAUUUAUGGAGUGGGUGGAUUUUUCCCCUACGGCCUUAGUGGAACGGUGGCCGGAGCCGCAACAUGUUUCUACGCCUUUGUUGGAUUUGACUGCAUUGCUACAACUGGCGAGGAGGUGAAGAACCCUCAGAAGUCUGUCCCUGUGGGCAUCGUGGCCUCACUACUCAUCUGUUUCCUGGCCUACUUUGCCGUGUCGGCUGCUCUCACCUUGAUGAUGCCCUACUACUUGCUCAAUGAAAAAAGCCCUCUGCCAGUGGCCUUUGACUACAUCGGCUGGGCGCCCGCCAAAUAUGUCGUGGCUGUGGGAUCUCUGUGUGCCCUGUCCACCAGCCUGCUGGGGUCGAUGUUUCCGAUGCCCCGGGUGCUGUUUGCCAUGGCAAGAGAUGGUCUGCUUUUCAGCCCCCUGACCAAAGUCACCGCCAAGGGUAGCCCUGCUUUAGCUACAAUAUCAUCUGGAACUGUGGCAGCCAUCAUGGCUCUGCUAUUUGACCUGGAAGCCUUGGUGGAAAUGAUGUCCAUCGGCACUCUGUUUGCUUACACACUUGUGGCCAUAUGCAUCUUAAUACUGAGGUACCAAGUGAGCCAAUCUGAUGAAGACACAGACCUAAAGAUCAUGGAAUCAAACACCAAGUUUAGCCUCCUGAAGCCUCCAUCCACUCCCACUUCAUCCACCUCAAGGAGAGUCACAACCAUAACAAUAAUCUCUGUUGCAGUUGUGGUUGCACUGUGUGUCAUCCUAACCCAAGCCUUAGAUGCUCUGGCUAAUUUGGAAGUGUGGAGUCUGGUGCUUGUCUGUGUCCUUGGUGCCAUCUUGCUUAUCAAUGUUUUCCUCAUCUGGAGGCACCCACAAAAUAGCUCCAAGGCAUCUUUUAUGGUGCCCUUUCUUCCUGCUCUACCAAUAGUGAGUACGUUCAUCAAUGUCUACUUGAUGGUCCAGUUAGGUUCAGAAACAUGGCUACGAUAUGCUAUUUGGAUGGCAGUGGGGCUACUCAUCUAUUUUGGCUAUGGCAUCCGUAACAGUGUUCAGAGGCACCGUCUCAUGGGCAACAAUGCAAUGCCGAUUGAAACUAUCAGCGGCGCAACAGACAAGAACAUCAUUAAAGAAGAAAGAUUCUGAGCUCGGCUGCAGCAGAGAGAAAUAGAUUGCGAUGUUACAGUGAGUAACUGCUUUAAGUGUGUAACUACUGUUUUACAUGCACCGGUGCUGAUCUGUUCCAGCAAAGUUCAACAUCGAACUGCAGCAGGUGUUCAGUGUGGAAAAUGCAGACCAAUGGAUAUAUUUUCAACUUUUUAACUUCACAUUAUGAUGCAGUUUGUAAUUUAUCUAAAUAUUCUCAUGCCAACGUUGAACUGAUGCCUGACUAUUUUUUGACCUGUACCAAUGUCAGAGCAGUGUCCUGCAGCCUCUGAAUCUGCUAUAAAAGUAGUUUACACCUGUGUUUGAAAAGAAAAAAAGGGCUCGAGCUAUUUUCUGUUGAUAAUUACUAUUUUAUUACACUUUAAUAAGUAGUUUACACAUUUCAUGUCAACUGUAAAAUGUAAAAAUUUAAAUUAAAUGUAUGCAAUUAUAAGGUAUUUUUACAUAUCAAAAUAUAGAGUUACAAUGUAGAUACAGAAAAUCUUGUGAAAUAUAUUUUUCUGAUCUUUGUUUAAUUAAAUAUUUACUUUAAAUUGUUUGUUGUUUCAAAGUGUAAAUACAAAUACUGUAAAUGUUUUCUAAUUAUAUGUUGUAAAUGUAUUCCUUAAUUAAAAAAGAAAGAUUU